UUGAAGUAGUGCAGUCAGUGUUGUAAACUGUGGAAUGCGAAGCUUCAGAUCGUGUCAAAGUAGGCAAUUUCGUGUCGAAGAACAUCACCGCUAACAACACUGAGUGCAGUAAACAAUGUUCUCUUCACACUAUACCGUUUUGGAUCGAUAAAAGUGCAAUAGUAAAAUAUUUAAAUGAAUUUUGCAAGAGAACCGACUUUGAUAACUCCUGAUGUCAAUAAUAUCUUGAAAUUGUAACAAAGAACUCUACUCCAAAAAACUGAAGAGGAGUUGAUAUAAAUUGGAGCCAGCCGAACACACACAUGACGGCGUGAAAUGACUUUGACAAGCUCAUGUGAUAUAGUCACGGUAUGUCUAAACGCUCGGUUAGAUUUUUAAAGACAACCUCUGCGAUUAGAUUUGAUGACAACAGCGGGAACAUGCAGGUAGAUCUUGAGAUAGUUCUUGGAACAGUUGAAAUCCUUUGCCGCUUAUCAGCAAAUAGAAUAAUGCCCACUUGGGGGGCAAAGCUGUUUUGAAGCUUGGUCUAUAUAACAGUCCCCACACUAAAGGCCAUUCAGUAGUGAACGUGAAAGCAUGAAACACUUUGUACAAAACCAACGGAAAAAUGAAAUCGUUGCUAGUUUGGGCGAGUCUUGUGGCAGCAAGCUUGUGCCAAAGUGAUACAUUUUUCAAAAACUCUUUCGACGCGAUAAGAGGCUGCAAGCAGUUCGAAAAUAUGGCAGGAUACAAUGGCCCAAACGAGUACUUUUCGGUAGCGGAUUUGCGUAACGUUGGCUACACCAAGAACUCCAUGUACUUCCGCCUUGGGUUUGUUGGGCAGAGCGCCCACACGCGAUUCGGUGCAACUUUCUACCCGUACGGCAACGACGUGAUAGAGAUAGUGCUCGGAGGAUUAGGUAACACGUGGAGCGCUGGAAGACGGCAGACUCGUACGGCAGCGAACGAACAUGAUAACGCGCUGCUCGGUGAAGCACAAACGCCACACAUUCUUUCCCGGUCCCAUCCAACGGUAGUAGUGUUGGAAGUGUUCCAGAACGGCGUAGUGGAAGUCACCAUGGAUGGACAGUUGCGACCGUUCCUGACGUUUGUCGACAGUUCAAAAAUACCGGUAAAUUUUAUGACGUUCACCCGCUGGGAGGUGGAUGUGAUCGCGUUCUACGAUUGCCCUCUGCUCGAAUGGAACCGAUUCCUCAAAUCUCUACCAUUCAACGGUACGGUUGUCUAAUGUGAAAUGGAGCUAAUGUGAAAUUUGAUAGCAUUCGACCUUGUGUCAAUUGUGUUGUAGAACACAUAUAGACAUUCGUCAGACGAAUUUCGGGAAAGCCCAUGCAAUGUUUGUACAACAAUCACAAAAAACACGAUAAAAGCAAAGAUCUACAACGCAUUGGAAGGAAAAUAAACACUCAAAAUAAAUCUAAUCCCAAAGCAAA